AUUUGCUCCUCUUAAAUAUCUGCUUGUAAAUGCAGUUCACUUACUAACACCUCCCACUAUUUCCUGUCACCAACAAGUGGAACUAAAAAAAGGUACCACACAGGAAAAUAAUCGUUACAGAGCCAUUUCACAUUUCGGCAAAGCAGUUCUCUUCAAUUCGCCUGUAUCUUUGGAAAAAUGGCACCCAUCAACACAGAUAACUGCAGCACAUCUCAUUUCAGAUAUCCACUUUUCACUUCCACCUACAGCAUUGUGUUGCUGUUCGGAUUCCCUUUGAACUCGGUGUCUCUUUGGGUACUGGUUUGUCGGAAUGGCUUGAGGAAAUCUGUUCCGGUGAUUUACAUGGCCAACCUGGCUUUAUCGGACCUCCUUUUCAUUCUUUCCCUGCCCUUUCGGAUCAUCUACUUCGCCACAGGUGAAUGGAAGCUGGGAAACACUCUGUGCAUGAUUCCAGGGACCCUCUUUGCCGUCAACAUCUACUCCAGCUCCUUGUUCAUCACACUCAUCAGCGUGGACAGGAUGCUGGCCGUGGUGUAUCCACUGCGAUCGAGACAACUACGAACGGUACCGAUGGCCUGGGUGUUUUGUGCGGUGGUGUGGCUGAUCAUCGCUGGAUUGGCAGUGCCAACAGCCUUAAACCACCCUGAAAACAAGGACGAGACCUUACCUUUCUGCAUUAUUUUGGGCUGUACAGUGUCAGUCGUGCGGCAGCUGAAAGGUUACAGUAUGGCGACUUCCUCGUGCAGCACCGAGCUGAGCAAAAGUAAGAUUGUUAAGCUGUUUCUGUCUAACUUGCUCAUCUAUGCCAUUUGUUUUAUCCCAUUUCACGUUGCUUUUAUCCUCUUCGGCCUGAGUAAACGUCAUUACUUGAAUGGAGAUAAAUCUCUUGAAGUUUACUUUAACUUACAGACUGUUACCAUGUGCAUGGCCAGCACAAACAGCUGUCUGGACCCUUUGAUCUACUAUUUCAGCACAAAGAAUAUUCAUGGCAGAAGCAGAUGUGAUUCUUCAUCCAGAACCAUUGGUCUCGGCCUGGUUCAGAGCAUGAGUUGGAACGGACAGUAAAGCAACAAAUCAUCACAACUGCUUAUGUUGUUGAGGUAAACAAGCUCUUUGUCUCAAAGGAAAUGGUUAUGUAAAAAACCAAAGUCUUAAACCAAAAGCUGACUCACGCAAGAGAGAAUGGCAUGUCUCUGCUCAAGUGCAUCACAUGCAACUCUUGUUUACCCAUCAUGUGCGUCUGAAAGUGGGUGAAAAGGGAACAAGUCACCAAAAGUUGAGCCAUUUUGCUUCAGUACCUGCCAAUGUGAUAUAAAUACUUUAAUUUGUUCUGCAUUGUUGUUCUUGCAUUGUUGCAUAUCAUCAACUAAGCUAUCUAUAUUUGCUUGUCACCUAGAACCAAGGGCUGUAGCUACUGUGAAAACUUUUGGCCCCUCUGGUUGUAUAUUAAAAUGUUUUGCCGCAUUAGCUGUAUUUCUACCAGCAUUACCAUUGAAAACCUGUUAAGUUUGUCUUUUUUUCUGUGUUUUUGUGUCAUUGAAGAAUACUUUUGAACUGCAUCUCUUUUUCCCCCGAGGUUGCACUGAAGUUAUGCAGAGUAAUACGUCUGCACUUUUACUUUUGUGUCAUGCAUUAUGUUGGUAGAAAUAAAACAAACGUUUCUCUUCUCAGUUAAGAUCUGCAUAGUGAUGAUUCAUUUGACUUCAACUGAUGUGUGAAAAAAUUAGAAACAUUUCACAUGGUUGCACAAAGCUUACAGGCUGGCAGAAGGAAGUGAAAAUUUCGAAUCAACAGCUUUCAAGUCCACACCCUCUCCUGUUGUUUCACAUGAGAGAUGUUUUUUUAUGUUGUGGUUUGUGGGCCAAGUGUGCUGAAAGGUCUCUUGCAUGCUAUCACAUACUGUAUCUUUAAUGAUCAACAGAGCGAGAGUAGGGUUUCAGCAGUUUAUUGAUGGAUUUUACAAUUUACAAAGCAGCAUCAAACCAAAUGCCUCAUUUAUUCCAGACAAAACCAGUUGUUGCUACACCAGUAUGUGGAAGAUGAACAAAUACAUUUAAAUGGUACAAUUAGAAAAAGUGCAAGCAAUAUGAAAUGAUCCCACCUCACAUGAGGUCUAAAGAUCUACCAUUAUUCAUGGAUGGACCAUACAUAAAAA